UAACGCAUCGGCCAUCUUAAAUAUCCUUUUAUCCUGCUUUAUGUCUAUUUGAUAAUGGGAUUUUAUAUCAUGUUCUUUGCACCCGUGAUGCAUCUCAAGAGUUGGCCAUAAUGGUUUAACAUAAUUUGUAUUGUUUAUUAAUGCUAACAUGUUUGUAUGUUUUCUGCAGGUAAACUAUUGAUUUAUUUUAAUUGAGGUAAGAAAGGGAAUCUAAAAGACAAUUAUCACAGUUCUUGAUUGUGCUCAUGGCCUCCGUAAGUGUGGCUCCUUUAUCUGGAUUAAGAUACCACAGUGGAAUUACAGUUGCUAUCAAUAGUUUGCCCAGUGAGAUGAAUGACAUGAAAAUUAAGGAUGACAAGGAAAUGGAAGCAACUGUUGUAGAUGGUAAAGGAACAGAAAUGGGUCAUAUAAUUGUCACGACUAUUGGUGGAAGAAAUGGCCGGCCAAAGCAGUUUACAUUUGACAGCCCAUCGCAUCCAAGAAUAAAUGAACUGCUCACUAACGCAGGAGAGGCCUCGACAUGAGACGAACCGACGGAAGACACGUGAAGUACUCAUGUAGAAAAAUUGGUUCGAACUAAAAGUGUUGGAUAUUUUUGUGAAAACCAACCACUAUUUAA